GUCUGGUCCAGAUCCUCCGCUCCUCUUCUGCUCAACACACACAUCCAUUGUACACAAACGGGCAGGCGGCUCAUGCAUACACACGCACUCACACACAUACAGACACGUUCACACACAUACACAUACACACACAUUCACGCACAGCAUCGAUCGUGGCUCCUUUAAGAAAGCCUAAGCCAGAAUUAUCACCCCACCUCCUCUUGAUCUCCUCUAGACGCUUUUGCAUAAGAAAAUCAAGCCGGGAGCCGAGAGUGAUCAAAGAAAACGAGAGGAGAGCUGCUUCAUUUUUUAACUGUGAUUGUGACCAUUAACAUUUAGGUGGUGCCGAUCCCGUGGAGACGCGCGUCGGACCAUCAUUCAUCCGGUACUUUUGACAAGCCCUCGCUUUUCUGACUGACAGGCGGAGUGGCAAAAAGCCAUGAGAGUCGCCAGUUUUGUUUGAGGGGCUGUUUUAUUUUCAUCCUGGUUUUGGAAAAGGAGCCCGGUGCUGCUGCCGCGAGGAUAGCCGAGGACAUAUUCGCCGCGCCUGGGCUAAACUUGCACUGAAGAGCGGGAGCUGGUUUCAGCGUUCCGUGGAAAAGAAAAGAAAGAAAGAAAGAAAGAAAGAAAGAAAGAAAGAAAGAAAGAAAGAAAAAGAGGCAUACGGGAUUUUGGCUGAAACAUCUUCUCGUUUGUUUGGAUUUUCUCUCUUUAUUUCGUGUCCACCCUGGCCUCAGAGGGGAUUUACCUAAACUGAAAGGACGACCUGGGAGUGAGGAGGGUUAUGGCGCAACGGUACGAAGACUUGCCCCACUACGGGAUGGACGGUGUGGGCAUCCCGACCACCAUGUACGGAGAUCCGCACGGCGCCCGGUCCAUGCAGGCGGUGCACCUCAACCACGGUCCCCAGCUGCACUCUCACCAGUACCCGCACACUGCCCACACCAACACCAUGCCUCCCAGUAUGGGCUCCUCCGUUAACGACGCUCUCAAGAGAGAUAAAGACGCUAUUUACGGGCACCCCCUGUUCCCCUUGCUUGCACUGAUUUUUGAGAAAUGUGAAUUAGCGACUUGCACCCCCAGAGAGCCCGGGGUGGCAGGAGGAGACGUCUGUUCAUCGGAAUCUUUCAAUGAAGACAUAGCAGUGUUUGCAAAACAGAUUCGGGCAGAAAAACCUUUAUUUUCAUCGAAUCCAGAGUUGGAUAAUCUGAUGAUUCAAGCCAUUCAAGUUUUACGAUUCCAUCUUCUGGAGCUGGAGAAGGUACACGAGCUGUGUGAUAAUUUCUGUCACCGGUACAUCAGCUGCUUGAAAGGCAAGAUGCCCAUCGACUUGGUCAUAGACGACAGAGAGGGCGGGUCCAAAUCAGACAGCGAGGAAAUCACAAGAUCGGUGGCCUUAGAUCAGACAUCCUGGAACAGAGAUCAUGAUGACACGGCGUCCACGCGUUCUGGAGGCACACCGGGACCAUCCAGCGGCGGACACACAUCGCACAGUGGUGAUAAUAGCAGCGAACAAGGUGAUGGCCUGGACAACAGUGUGGCUUCACCGAGCACAGGGGAUGACGAUGACCCAGAUAAAGAAAAGAAGCAUAACAAGAAAAGAGGGAUUUUUCCUAAGGUGGCCACCAACAUCAUGAGAGCGUGGCUCUUCCAGCAUCUAACGCAUCCCUACCCUUCAGAAGAACAGAAAAAACAGCUGGCACAAGACACGGGCCUCACCAUCCUACAAGUGAACAACUGGUUCAUUAACGCGAGGAGGAGAAUAGUGCAGCCCAUGAUCGACCAGUCAAACCGUGCAGUAAGUCAAGGAGCUCCCUACAAUCCAGAUGGCCAGCCGAUGGGGGGCUUCGUCAUGGACGGUCAGCAACACAUGGGAAUCAGACCACCUGGACCAAUGGGUGGAAUGGGCAUGAACAUGGGUAUGGAAGGUCAGUGGCACUACAUGUAGCCCUACCCAAGUCCGACCAAUCACAUCACAAAGGGGAAUAGCUGCAGGGCAAACCGGGGGAUCAUCUGUCUCACAGAGGUCUAUGGAGCUUGAGAAGGGGACUCCGGACUUCCUGAUGUCAACAGCCAACAGAAACUCCUUUGUUCACCUUCAAGAACCAACAAUAUUUCAUUCGGCUGCUGUUUACAACAUGGAAGUCUUCCAUGGCUGCCUACAAUCUUUGUCUAUGUAUCUAGCAAAGGUGAUGCACAGAAUAUCAAACCUCACCCAAGUCAGAUGAGCCCCCACUCCUGAGAAACUCCUCCUUCUCUGGUGGGCACAAGACUUCACCCCCUUCUUGCCACUGCCCACAAGGCCCACAUGGAUUCCUCCAUGAAAGUGAUUGUGAUUGACUUAUUGGGUCAUUUGCCUGUACCUGUGGUGAAUGUGGCGCCUGAUGAUUUAUUCUUGACUCUUCGGCAAAAAAUAGAGACUUCCUGUGAGGAGCACUCCACUCUUUGGGACGAUGGAAUUGGACCAAAGAGAAGCCAAUGUCUGUAUCUGACAGGACACUAGCAAAGAAAAGGAGGUACCCUUUAAAAAUAUAGUGGAUUGAAACCUGGAAGGAGGGAAAGAGAAAGAAAAGAAAUGAAAAAGUAUAACUAUAUCAACCCCAACUUUUGGGAAGCGAGUGGAGAAAGAAAAUAUACUGUAUACAGUUGUAAAAUUACGCUGGACUCUCACAAGAACUGGGAAUUUAAGUAUUGUAAAUGCUAUUGUAUUGUUCUGCAUAUUAUGUUGUUUCUAAUAGAUUUUUUAAAAAAGGAUGUGAACUUUUCUCUUUUUUUCUGGUUUCUUUCCACGACCUGUAUGUGUGUGUGUGUGUUUGUGUGUGUGUGUGUGUGUGUGUGUGUGUGUGUGUGUGUGUGUGUGUGCACCGUCUCCAUCAAAUCUGCCCUCUCUCCAUUGAAUCACAAUGCAUUUGAAAAGAAAGAAGUGAAUAAAUGAACAAUGCAAUCACUCUUUUCAUUUCUUGUAGCCUUUUUUGGAUUGUUAACGAGAGUGAUGGCAAUCCAGUUUUUUCCCCUUUCUUUUUCUUUUCUUAUAAAUGAUAUCAGUUUAUUAUAUUGUCCUCUACAGGCUUAAAGAAAGUGUUUUGGGCAUUUGAAGCUAUAUGGGCAAACUCCAGACACAAUGACUUCAACCUGAACACACUUUCUGGAAACCAACUUUUUAGAUGGACAAAGUUGCCAUUGUCGAGUUUUCUACUUCAUCUAUUUUGUACUUAUUAGGAAAGACAUAAAUAGGUGCAGCGAUGGCUAACAUUGUUGCAUGCUAACAACCAGAAAGAGAAAUAAUGGGGGGGAUGAGGAAACUCCAAGUGUCCCACAAACAUGUUGUUAACUUUUUUUUCAUCCAUGUGUGUAUGUGAUCAAGGGCCCUCUGAAAGUUUAUUCCAGUGUCUUAUUGAUGUGUUUAAUGUCACAUGGCUGAGCACUCGCAUGGCCUAUGGAUUCUCUUCCCCUCAUCAUUUGAUGUGGCCUGCUAACAGGGAGAGGCGGAGGCUAUGAGAAAACACCAUUUAUGCCACAGUCCCUAUAUUUUGAUUUAACCAGAUGAUGUAAUGCUGAUCAACAGGCAGGAGAGAAUGUAAAGUUGCUGUGUGUCUGUUAGUGUGUGUAUGUAUGUGGCUGUGUGCAUGUGAGGGGGGAUAUGCCUCUGUGUGUGUGUGUGUGUGUGUGUGUGUGUUAAUGCUUCCAUCAUCCAUUGCUUCAGACAUGUAUUACGCACAUCUUUAAAAUUUCCUUUGAAGACAAGUUUCUUAUUCUUUUUUCUUUGAAGGGUAUACGUGUACAUCUGUGUUGUAAAUAAAUUUUUUUGUUCAAA